AUGGAAGAGGUGGAUGUGGUCAUUGUAGGUGCCGGUCCAGCUGGCAUAGCAACGUCUGCAUGUCUUAAUCGCCUCAACAUCUCAAAUGUUGUAAUCGAAAGAGAAGACUCAUAUGCUUCUCUUUGGAGGAAAAGGUCAUAUGAUCGUUUAAAGCUUCACUUGGCAAAGCAAUUUUGUGAACUACCCUAUAUGUCAUUUCCUCCAAAUUAUCCCAGAUAUCUCUCCAAGAAUGAGUUUGUUCAGUACUUGGAAUCUUAUGUAUCCCAUUUCAAGAUAACGCCUCGGUACGACCGAGUUGUAGAAACAGCUUCUUAUGUAGGUGAAAAAAAAUGGUGUGUUAGAGUCCAUAACACACUUUCGGAUGUACAAGAAAUGUACCUUGCUAAAUUUCUUGUGGUUGCAAGUGGUGAAAAUAGUGAAGGUUACAUUCCUCAAGUCAAAGGCUUGAAUAGCUUUAAAGGAGAGUUCGUGCACUCCAGCGAGUACGAAAAUGGCAAGAAAUAUGAUGGAAAAAAUGUUUUGGUCGUCGGUUCUGGGAAUUCAGGCAUGGAAAUUGCUUACGAUUUAACAAAUUGGGGUGCCAACACUUCGAUUGUUGUUCGUAGCCCGGUGCAUAUUCUGACCAAGGAAAUUGUGUUCCUGGGAAUGGUUCUCGCAAAAUACCUUCCCAUUAAAGUCCUUGACAACAUCGUGGUUAUCUUAGGGAAGUUGAAGUUCGGAGAUUUAUCCAAGUAUGGACUUACAAGGCCAAAACUUGGACCAUUCUUUCUUAAGGAAAACGAGGGUCAAGCCCCCAUCAUUGAUGUUGGGAGCAUUAACAAGAUCAUAGAUGGAGAAAUAAAGGUGGUUCCAUCAAUAACAGAAAUACUAAGAAACCAGAUCAAAUUUGAGAAUGGCUACAGCAACCAUUAUGAUGCUAUUGUUUUUGCUACUGGCUACAAAAGCACUGUGCUAAAUUGGCUUAAGGAUGGUGACCAACUUUUUAAUGACAAUGGUAUGCCGAAGCAAAGUUUCCCGAAUCACUGGAAGGCGGAGAAGGGACUUUACUGUGCAGGAUUCUCAAGGCGCGGAUUAUUUGGCAUUUCAAUUGAUGCGCGAAAUAUAGCAGAUGACAUAAGUUUUGCUUUGAAUCAGAACAAGAAAAGUAACUGA